AUGAGUUACCAAAAAAAAGGAUUCGAGGGCGUGGAACUCCCCACUAACCCCAACAUGCCCGCUUGGGUGUUGACUCCCAAGGAGGAGCAAGUCAUUUUUGAGCGGUGGCGCAAAAAGGCGUUUGCAAGAUGUGAUCAUCUCAUCAAGGCAUAUGUGGAGUGUUCCAACAGUUACGAAAACCCUCUUGACGCCAUGAAGAAGUGUGAAGCGGCCAACAAGCGCUCGCUUGACUGUGUGGCAAGCUACCAGAAGUUGGAGUAUCUUGAUGAGGAGCGGGACAUUUUGAUUCAGGAGAAGCGGAUCAAGCAAAAGUAUCUUCGUCAGAAGAUGAGAGAGUCCCAGGCGGCAGCGGCAGAAUCGAAGUAA